CUUUAACAAGAAGUAUAUGCCAAGUGAUGAUUAAAGGGGCAUUUUAUGGAACAGGUUGUGAAGAUUCGAUUUGAACAGAUAUUAAGUUAUUGCCAGUAAGGAAGAAAGCCUUCUGGAAGAAUGGGCUCAUGGAGAAUCUCUGAUCACAAACUAGUUUAAAUCCUCACUGAUGCUAAGGACAUAGAGACAUCCUCAAUAGGGAAAAAAUAUAGCGUUCGUCUCAAGUCUGUGAGAAUUGAGUGAGUUUAAUUGGGUUUCAACUGAUAUUGUUUGCUCUAAGUCGUUGUAUAUGUUUUUCUCCCAUGGGGACAAUUUUAAAGGCAAAGGGGAUAUCAGUCGUUAUUAUCCGGAUGAAAAGAAUGGCUAUCAAGAGACAAGGAUAAACUAACGUCGAUGUAAUUUUUCCUCAGAAUCUCAUCAGAUCAAGGUAGAAGUCAUGAUGAAGACUAUUUCUAGCGGGAGCUGUACACUCAGUGUCCCGUCCAAAAACUCCUAUCGCAUGGUUGUGCUUGGAGCCUCCAAAGUGGGUAAAAGUUCAAUUGUGUCACGUUUCUUGAAUGGGCGAUUUGAAGAUCAGUACACACCAACCAUCGAGGAUUUCCACAGAAAGCUCUAUAAUAUAAAAGGAGAAAUGUACCAGCUGGACAUCCUAGAUACUUCAGGGAAUCAUCCCUUCCCAGCUACAAGAAGGUUGUCAAUAUUGACGGGUGAUGUUUUCAUACUUGUGUUCAGCCUAGACAGCAGAGAUUCAUUUGAAGAAGUGAAGAGGCUGAGGAAGCAAAUUCUGGAAGUCAAGUCUUGUGUGAAAAACAAGACAAAAGAGACAGGAGACUUUCCAAUGAUGAUCUGUGGUAACAAGAGUGAUUGUGGUGAGCAUCAUCGCAAGGUGCAUACAGAAGAGGCGGAACGUCUGGUCUCUGGAGAUGAAAACUGUGCCUACUUUGAAAUAUCAGCAAAGAAAAACUCAAAUGUGGACAAGAUGUUUCAAGUCCUAUUCAGCAUGGCUAAACUUCCCAAUGAGAUGAGCCCAGCUCUUCAUCGUAAGAUAUCCAUGCAAUAUGGAGAUCCAUUCCAACAGAAGUCAUUUCGAUUAAGAAGGCUGAGAGAGAUGGGUGCUUAUGGCAUGGUGUCUCCUUCUGCUAGACGUCCCAGUGUCAACAGCGACCUCAAGUACAUCAAAGCUAAAGUGCUGGGAGAGGGACAGGGACGAGAAAGAGAAAAAUGUACCAUCCAAUAAGAGUCCUCUAUACCAUUGGCUUAUAAGCCAGUCCUCAAGGCACACUAACAGUAUAGGUUUUGCCAAUGUCUCCAUUGCAGCAGAAUUGGGAAUUGUGGAAAUUCUGGACUGUUGGUGUGCCUUUAGACUGACUUGGGAGUCACUGUUCUAGAGCAAAGAGAUGUGCCUUUAGGGUCCUUGGAGGUGGAGCACCCACACAGGAUUUGAAAACAUUCUAUAUUUUUAUGGAAGUUAUUGUGAAAGGAAAGCCUCUAGAUUUGUACAUCUGCUUUAUGUAAUGAACUGAAGUUAGUGAGAUUUAAAAGCUUUAUGCGUAUUUAAUUUACAUUUGCUCAGUUUUUGCGGACAGAACCUGUCACUGUUAAAGGAUUUUCAAACAAAUGUAAAGUAACUGUCUGACAAUACAUUGGCAUGUACAAUUAUCUGAAUACCAAGAUUCCAAGAAAAAUGUCUGAAAAGGUUUCCUAUACCUACCUUCACUUAUUGUUUUGAAUAUGACAAUGACCUUUCUACAGUACGUGGAUACUUGAAUGAGGAAUAUACAAAACAUCUAUUAAAUGAAAGCGACAUUACUUUAUUACAUUUAUGUGGACAAAACUAUCCUAGUGAGAACCCACACUUACUAUUUGAAAUAACAUUAUAGCCUCACACAAAGGAGUCAUAACAACAGCAAAAUGACAAGAAAUAAGUUUCGCUACAAACCUUGUAAAAUAUAUAAUGUUGUUCUCAUUGGUUUAACUGCUUGGUUAAAAAUGGCUAGUGUGGUGUUUUAAUAAUUCUUUAGCACUUUGAUGUCAGCUUUUACUUUUCAUGUUUGAUUCCUUUUUGUCAGUUUAGUUCUGGUUGAAUAUAAUGACUACACAAUUAAAUAUUUAAAUUAG